AUGAUGAGGUCUUUCGUGGCUGCGGGAGCGGCUUUUGCUGUGGGAUCGAAUGCUCUCGGGGGUUAUACGAAUGUCUCCGAGGUUCCGUUGUAUGGAUUGAGUCCUCCUGUCUAUCCCACUCGUAUGCCCUACUUCCCCCCCGACUCACUCUCCGACGGGAAAAGCAAAAUUCUGACAACGGAGAACAGCGCAAGGCAAUGGCGGCACCGAUGCCGCGUGGCAAGCAGCCUACGCCAAAGCCCGAGCGAUCGUCUCGCAAAUGACCCUCAUCGAGAAAGUCAACCAGACCCGCGGCCACACGGGCCCAUGCGUCGGCUGGAUCCCCGGGAUCGAAAGACUGGGAACCAAAGACAUAUGUUUCGGCGACGCGCCGGAUGGGAUUCGCGGGCAGGAAUUCGUUUCCAGUUUCCCGGCACAGAUCACCGUGGGAGCGAGCUUCGAUCGGGAUUUGAUGUAUCGGUGGGGCGUUGCGCUGGGAGAGGAAUACUAUGGCAAGGGGAUCAAUGUUGCCAUGUUGCCUGUCGGUGGACCUCUGGGCCGUAUAGCAAGAGGCGGACGGAAUUGGGAGGGAUGGGGGGCGGACCCGUUUCUGUCAUCGGUUGGGAUGGGAGCUGCUACGACUGGUCUACAGAGUACGGGGGUGAUGUCGAUGAUUAAGCAUUGGUAAGUAAGGAGUGCACUUUGGAGGGUAAAGCGAUGGCUGACUGGUGGAUUCGUACAGGUUGCUCAAUGAGCAGGAAUGGCGACGAUUCCCUGGUGAGUGUCAUGCCGAUGCCUACUUUUUCGCCAGCUGAUCAAUUCUGCUACAGGAUCCAUGGGCGAGGCAAUGAGCAGCAACGCCGACGAUCGCACCAUCCACGAACUCUAUGCCUUUCCAUUCAUGGACUCCCUGAAAGCGGGCGCGGCGAGUCUCAUGUGCAGCUACCAGAGGGUCAACAACAGCUACAGCUGCCAGAAUAGCAAGCUGCUCAACGGAAUCUUGAAGACAGAGCUGGGUUUCCAGGGCUUUGUCACGUCAGACUGGGCUGCUCAGCACACCGGAAUUGCCACGGCCAAUGCGGGUCUGGACAUUGUCAUGCCCGACGGCGGAUACUGGGGCGACAACCUCACGGAAGCAGUCAAGAAUGGAUCUGUCGCGGAGAGCCGCUUGGAUGAUAUGGCGACCCGCAUCCUCGCUGCGUGGUAUCUGCUUGGCCAGGACGAAAGCUACCCGGAGGUCGCAGUGCACGACUUUGACGUGCUCGCCCCCGUCGUCGAUGUUCGGGGAGACCAUGCUUCUCUGAUCCGAGAGAUCGGGGCUGCCGGCGCUGUGCUCGUGAAGAACGUCAACAACACUUUGCCUCUGGGGAAGCCGAAGUAUCUCAACAUCUAUGGAUAUGAUGCCAAGACACCGGACGCCCCUUGGACGACACCAUCGCGGUAUGGCGGAGGAUACGAUGUGAACUUUGGCUGGACGACGUUCAACGGAACUCUGGUCACGGGCGGUGGCUCUGGCUCCAACACGCCUUCCUACCUGAUUAGUCCGUUUGAUGCCAUUCAACAGCGAGUGAUCAAGGAUGGAGGUAUGGUGCGGUGGGAUUUCGCCAGCGGCGACCCGACCGUCUACCUGAAUGCAGACGCUUCUCUGGUCUUCAUCAACGCCUACUCGUCGGAAUCGUUCGACAGGACAACGCUCACCAACGAGUUCAGCGACAACCUGGUCAAGAAUGUGGCGGCCAACUGCUCCAACACGAUUGUCGUUGUCCAUUCUGCUGGGAUCCGCGUUGUCGACGCAUGGAUCGACCAUCCCAACGUUACCGCCGUGAUCUACGGGUUACUACCCGGCCAAGAAAGCGGCAACUCGAUUGUCGAUGUGCUGUACGGCGACGUCUCCCCGUCCGGAAGACUCCCGUUUACCGUCGCCAAGAAGGAAACCGACUACGGCAGUCUGCUCAACACCACCAUCAGCUCCGGCCCCUUCCCUCAGUGCAAUUUCACCGAGGGCCUGUAUAUCGACUACCGCCACUUCGACAAGUACAACAUCACCCCGCGAUUCGAGUUCGGCUACGGUCUGUCCUACUCGACCUUUUCGUACUCGGACCUUGUCGUCGAGAAGACAAGCAACCACACCGCACAGUACCCCACGGCCAACGCGACGAUCCCGCAAGGUGGCCACGCAGAGCUCUGGGAUGUCCUCUUCAACGUCACCGUCUCCAUCACCAACACGGGCAACGUCUCCGCGGCGGAAGUCCCCCAGCUGUACAUCGAAAUCCCCGACGCUCCACAGAACCAAUUACGAGGCUUCGAGCGGCUCAAGCUGGACGUCGGCGAGACUCAGCAGGCUACCUUCUCGCUGAAGAGGCGCGAUUUGAGUAUCUGGGAUGUCGUCGCGCAGCAGUGGAAGUUGCAAAAGGGAACCUAUCCUCUGCGAGUGGGUGCGUCGAGUCGUGAUGUGCAGUUGACGGGAGAGUUUACUGUCUGA